CAGUGUUGGACCAGGAAGGAACGCCAAGCGGAGGGGCAGGCGGGGAGGGCGCGGGGAGGCGGCGGCCAGUCCAGGAGGGGCCUGUUCUGGGUGCCGCGGUAGCCACCGACUGGCUGCAGAGGCCGGGAGGAGGCGACCGCGGCGCGGCCCUAGGAGGCCGGGCUGAGGACCACAGCUGGCUUCCGGCCUCUCCCCGGAGCCUGGGGCCUUCGGCAGCACCUCCGUGGCCUCCCUCUCACGUCCUCAACCCUGGUGAGGCGACACCCUCACGUGGCUCUUUGCCCCAGGUUGGCCCAGGCAGGUAGAACAGCUGCACCCCAUUUCCAGGGCCUUCAGCAGGUCUGGACCACGGGAACUGCCAGCUUUUCACCCCUUAGCCGGGAGUCCCUGGAUCCCCCCCGGGCUCUGGCUCCGGCCGUUCUGGGAUUUCAGGAGUCUCUGAGCAGUAGGGCACGUCGGCCUAUGCUGCAUAGUGACCUGCUUCCCACGACCCAGGAGGCCACACCAGCAGUCAGCUUCUGCCUCCUGGCCCUCCUUCCACACCCCUGGUUGAAUGGGGCUGAGCCUGACUUCUCCCCACUGAAGGUAAGUUGGGCAGACUUCAGGCCAGGGCAGUCUCCUGUCUUCUCUUGGAAACCACAGCAGCCCAUGCGCACAGAAUGUCAGCCACAGUCCAGCUUCCACGGCACCAGUGGGCAUGGCCCGGGCAGCGGCGAUGUGUUGUUGCAGGAGAUGCCGCUGACCUUCCAGGAUGUGGCCGUGUACUUCUCUCAGGCGGAGGGGCAGCAGCUGGGCCCCCAGCAGCGGGCGCUCUACAGAGACGUGAUGUUGGAGAACUAUGGGAACGUGGCCUCUCUGGGAUUCCCUGUCCCUAAGCCGGAGUUAAUCUCCCAGCUGGAGCAGGGGAAGGAACUUUGGGUCCUGAAUCUUCUGGGAGCUGAGGAACCAGAGAUCUUGAAAAGCUGCCAGAAAGGUGCCCCCCGAGGUUGCUUUGAACGAGAGAACCGUCCUGUUUCCACUUGCUUGACUGAGUCUAAAUCUAUGGGCAGAAGGCAGUUUGGACUUGCAGGCAUGUUGCAUCACAAGGCUGCCAAUUCGACUGACUCGACCAGGUCCUCCAACACCAUGAGCAAGGGGCCGGAUUCCGAGGUUGGGACCAAGAAGGAACUAUCUAUUUUAAACCAAAAAUUUUCCGAAGAAGUAAAAACCCCAGAAUUUGUAUCAAGAAGUCUCUUAAGGGAUAAUGCACAGGCAGCUGAGUUUCGGGAAGCAUGGGGCCAUGAGGGUAAACUCGAAGAGCACCUGGGAAAUUCUGCCGGGCAGAGUUUGAACAAACCCAAUAUUCACAAGAGAGUUUUAACAGAAGCUACCAUGGGUAGGGAAAGAUCUUUGGGAGAAAGACCCCAAGAGGGUAGUGCAUUUGAUAGAAACUUGAAUCUGAACCAAAAUGUUGUUAGACUUCAAAGAAAUAAAACAGGAGAGAGGGUCUUUAAAUGUGAUAUAUGCAGCAAAACCUUCAAAUAUAAUUCAGACCUAAGUAGACAUCAGAGAAGUCACACUGGGGAGAAGCCAUACCAAUGUGGCCGGUGUGGACGAGCCUUUACUCACAGCUCAAAUCUUGUUCUGCACCAUCACAUUCACACUGGAAAUAAACCAUUUAAAUGUGAUGAAUGUGGGAAAACUUUUGGACUCAAUUCUCACCUCCGUCUUCAUCGGAGAAUUCACACUGGAGAAAAACCCUUUGGCUGUGGUGAGUGUGGGAAGGCUUUCAGUCGAAGCUCAACUCUUAUUCAACAUCGGAUAAUUCACACAGGAGAGAAACCCUACAAGUGUAAUGAAUGUGGAAGAGGCUUUAGCCAGAGCCCCCAGUUAACUCAGCAUCAGAGAAUUCACACUGGAGAGAAGCCACAUGAAUGCAGGCACUGUGGGAAGGCCUUCAGUCGAAGUUCCAGCCUUAUUCAGCAUGAGAGAAUUCACACUGGAGAGAAGCCCCAUAAAUGCAAUCAGUGUGGGAAGGCCUUCAGUCAGAGCUCAAGCCUUUUCCUCCAUCAUCGGGUUCAUACUGGAGAGAAACCCUAUGUAUGUAAUGAAUGCGGUAGAGCCUUUGGUUUUAACUCUCAUCUUACUGAACAUGUAAGGAUUCACACAGGAGAAAAACCCUAUGUUUGUAAUGAGUGCGGCAAAGCCUUUCGUCGGAGUUCCACUCUUGUUCAGCAUCGAAGAGUUCACACUGGGGAGAAGCCCUACCAAUGCGUUGAAUGUGGGAAAGCUUUCAGCCAGAGCUCCCAACUCACCCUACAUCAGCGAGUUCACACUGGAGAGAAGCCCUAUGAAUGUGGUGACUGUGGGAAGGCCUUCAGCCGGAGGUCAACCCUCAUUCAGCAUCAGAAAAUUCACAGUGGAGAGACUCGCAAGUGCAGAAAACGUGGUCCAGCCUUUGUUCAUGGCUCUAGCCUUAAACCAGAUGGACAGAUUCCCACUGGAGAGAAGCACAGCAGAGCCUUUAGCCAUGGUGCAAAUCUCAUUCUGCGCUGGACAGUUCACACUGGUGAGAAAUCCUUUGGAUGUAAUGAAUAUGGAAAAGCUUUCAGUCCCACCUCACAACCCACGGAAGAUCAGAAAAUGCAUGCUGGGGAAAAGCCCUAUAAAUGUCAAGAAUGUAGAAACACCUUCAGUGGAAAUUCAGCCCUUAUUCAACAUCAGGUAACUCACACUGGUGGGAAACCCUGUCAUUGCAGUGUGUGUGGGAAAGCCUUCAGCCAGACUUCACAGCUCACACCACCUCAGCAGACUCAAGUUGGAGAGAAACCUGCUUUAAAUGAUGGAUCUAAAAGAUACUUUAUUCAAAUCAAAAAGAUUUUCCAAGAAAGACAUUUUUAAAGUGAUAAAUGCAGAAGACAAUUUAGCAACUGUUCACUUUACAUUAGAAGAUGGCAUAAUGAAAGAUAAAUAAGGUCUAAAUAUUCCUGGCAAAGUAAAAUAAAUAGUUCAGAUGACUACUAAAAGUCAUUUAAAGUCAUUAAAUCUGGGAGUAAACACAAGAGAAUUCAUUCUGGGAAAUCAGGCUAUCUGUGUAAAGGCUACUGCCGUGCUCAGGAGUUGAACCGUGUGGUGCUGUGUCCGGAUACUCAUGACGAAUGGAUGGAGGGUGUGAAAAAUGAGCCCAGCUGGUGCUCUGGGUCUACCCUGCCUGACAUCCUUCCAGUCUUAUCCUUUGUUUCCUAUCCAGGCCCAGGCUUGUGGCUGAGAAUAUCCACUUUCAGUCCCAUACAUCUGCCUCCAGGCAGAGAACGUGCGCCUGCUGGUGGGGCUUAGCCUUAUUCCUUCCACCACCUCUCCCACCAACCCACAGAGGAACUGCAGGUAGACGUUUCCUCCUUGCUUGGAGCCCCAGUUUUUGCAUUUCAUUUUCAUUAAAAUGGAAGUUAGUUUGGUUUUGGUUCUAAGGAACUCUACAGUUUAGCAGAGAGAGGGACCUCAGGGGCCAAGAAAGCAGGGGCCUACCAAGUAUCUCCACUUUUGAAAAUUGUAAUUACUGAUAAAAAAAAAAAUUUUAAAGGCAGGUUUAUUGAAGCAUAAUUUAUAAACAAUAAAAUUUUUUUAGUGUAUAGUUCUGUGGGCUUUGACAAAAGCAAACAAUUGUGCCACCACCACAUUCCAGAUAUUGAACAUCUUCACCACCACCCAGAAUUCCUUUGUGCACUCUUGUGGUCAACCCCUCCUCAACUCCAGUCUGUGGAAACCACUGGUUUGUUUUCUGUCCAUCGCCUCACCAUUUCCAGGAUUACAGUGUGCAGCUGUUUGCAUGUGGCUUCACUGAACAUGAUGCAUUGGAGUCAUCCACAUUGCCUGUGUAGAGUGCUUUUUUACACCGAGUAGCAUUCCAUUGUAUGGACGGAGCCAUUUGUUUAUCCGUUCCCCCAUGGAAGGGCAUUUGGGCAUUUUCAGUAUGGGCAACUAUGAUUAAAGCUGCCAUAGCUGUGUAUCAACUA